CUUACACUAAAGUUUAUUGGUUUAUUUUAUGGUUCAAAUUGAUCUUUUACCCAUAUAAGAUUUUAUAACAUUAUGCAGCAGUCAACUGGAAAAUCCAGUUAUUUAGCUAUUCCAACUGUACAGUGGAAAACUCUACUGUAUACUUGUGUGGGGGUAACCUCUCACAUGGGCACCGAGGAAGGAGAGCUGUGCACACCCCAGGCACAAUUAGUGCCUGAAGAAUAUCUUAGUUUAUAGCAUUAUCACUCAGUUAUUUCCUUUAUAUAAUCUUUACAUAUAAUCAUAUACUUGUUUACAGAAUUAGUACCUGAAGUAUAACUUACUGCUUACAUAUAUCUAGCUUAUAUAAUCAUACUUAGUACUUAUAUCUAGCUUAUAUAAUCAUACUUAGUACUUAUAUCUAGCAUACUUAGUCCCACAUAAUCUUUCUAUAUAAUCAUACAGGUAUUAUACAGGUAUUGUAGUUGGAGCUGUAUCGACACAGUUAGUACUGAUUUAUAUAAUCCUUCUAUAUGACCAUAUAACAUUUGUAAUAGGAGGAAUGCUUAGAGCAGUCACAAAGCAGAAGCAGUACAUGGGAAAACAGCCAGACCAGGACAAGAACCAAAGAUCCAGGCGGUGGCAUCCCUGCCUGAAACGGCAUAUGCUGUAUGGCAGGCUUGGAGCAAGAGCCUCGUCUGAAAAAGGAGCUGUAGUACCUUGCAUUCAGUUUCUGUGGAAAGUAGGCCUCAGGCCUGAGAUCCCGUAAAUAACUGAGGGAAAAGAACCCUUCUGGUAUGAUCGGGUCACAGCGGCUGUACACCCCGUCAGCCUUUUCUUGCUUCUGUGCUAGCUCAAAUCAUCCUCCCAUAAAUAUCUGGGCACGGUGGCUCAAACCUGUAAUUCCAACACUUGGGAGGCUGAGGCGGGCAGAUCACAUGAGGUCAGGAGUUCGAGACCAUGCUGACCAACAUGGUGAAACCUUGUCUCUACUAAAAAUACAAAAAUUAGCUGGGCAUGGUGUCAGGCACCUGUUAGUCCCAGCUACUUGGGAGGCUGAGACAGGAGAAUCGCUUCAACCCAGGAGGCGGAGGUUGCAGUGAGCCCAGACUGUGCCAUUCCACUCCAGCCCGGGAGACACAGUGAGACUCCAUCUUAAAACAAACAAAAAAAGACUGAAAAUGAACUUUACAAAUAAGGCCUAAAGAAGCAAAUAAAAAGCAUACGUUUGCCUUCUAAAAAUAAGGAACGUUAACAUUUUGGCCCACUGGAACCUCUCUUUGCGGGCAGGGGCUGUGUUGAUCUAUGAGUCUCAGAUUUAGUACUGGCUGGCACUUAUGAGCUCAAAAAGUUUUUUUAUUUUUUAAAGUACCCCAUAGCCUAUCCCUUUCAUUUAGCUCGGUGGUGCAGUCAAUUUCCCCAGAAUAUGCAUUCUCACAUAAUUUUAUGUAUUUCUGGGGUACAGUGUGAUGUUUCCAUACAUAAAAACAUUGAGUAACCAUCUAAUCAGGGUAAUUAGCACAUCCAUCACUGAAACACUUGUCAUUUCUUUGUGGUGAGAACAUCCAACAUUCUCUUCUCUAGCUAUUUUGAGUCAACAUUAUUGUUGAGUAUAGUCAUCCAAAAGAGAACACCAAAACAUACUCCUCCUAACUGUAACUUUGUACCUGUUGACCAAGCUCUCCGCAUCUCCCUCCCCACUAACUCUCCUCUGUAAAAGAGUAACCACUUUUACUCUUUUUUAUGAGAUCAACUUAAAAAAACUUUUUUAAAACGACUGCAUGUUUUCAGGCUAACACUCAUUUAAAAACCGCGAAUUCGGUAAAGAGUAAAUCAUUCUGCUGGGGUAAAAAAUAUUAAAUGGCCUGGGUCCGGAAGCUCGCGGGGCACAAGUGCAGGGUUGCUCUGCCGGGCUCGCCGCGCCUGGGACCCCCAGCCGCCCGCCACCACAGGGGGAGGACGGGUGCUGACUCCCGGGCCCACGACACUCGGCUCCGGUGGUGUGGAUUCCGCGCGGGACCCACGCGGGAACAAAGGCGGCUGGACCGUCCGACUCUCUGUAUCCAGAAGGACCUGUUCCACCUCUCCGGCUCCCACACCCCUCCAUCUGCAUCUGCGUGACCUCUCAGACUCCGCUGGACACCGGAACCCAAGACAGACCCCACUGCAGUCAAAAGCCCGCGGGGAGCCAGCUUCAAGGGACUGCCCGGAAAGACAGAACGCGCGUGGAAAGCGCCGGGCGCCAGUCUCGGGAGAGGUUUGAGGCUGCGCUCAUGCCCAGCGCCGGCAAUCCAGAGGAAUCUGCAGCCAUUUGCGUAACCACCAGGGGUGAGGUGGCACUGGACAUAAACGUGAGGGUCCCGGGAGCUUCACCUUCGUUGCGCAAGCGCCAUCCCUUUCUACCUCACGCGGCUCUAGCAGCCGUCUUUUCUACCUGAAGAGCUGGCCCCUCCCCUCUGGACGCACUUCCCUUCCCCGGCAGGAAGAAGGGCGCUGACCCAGGGGCGCACGCCCCUGGCUGCGCAUGCGUCAUUCGUCAGCGGCGAGUCGCCUCGCCGCGCCGAAUUCACCGCCCCGCCGGGAGUGCGCCUGCGCAGUCGCCGGCGCUCGCACCUCAGCUUCCCCUCCCCCUGGUCCCCGCGGGGGCUCCGAGCCCGGCGGGACCAUGUUCACCAGCACCGGCUCCAGUGGGCUCUACAAGGCGCCCCUGUCGAAGAGCCUUCUGCUGGUGCCCAGUGCCCUCUCCCUCCUGCUGGCCCUUCUCCUGCCUCACUGCCAGAAGCUCUUUGUGUAUGACCUCCACGCAAUCAAGAAUGACUUCCAGAUUUGGAGGUUGAUAUGUGGAAGAAUAAUUUGCCUUGAUUUGAAAGAUACUUUCUGCAGUAGUCUGCUUAUUUAUAAUUUUAGGAUAUUUGAAAGAAGAUAUGGAAGCAGAAAAUUCGCAUCCUUUUUGCUGGGUUCCUGGGUUUUGUCAGCCUUAUUUGACUUUCUCCUCGUUGAAGCUAUGCAGUAUUCCUUUGGCAUCACUGCAGCUAGUAAUUUGCCUUCUGGAUUCCUGGCACCUGUGUUUGCUCUGUUUGUACCGUUUUACUGCUCCAUACCAAGAGUCCAAGUGGCACAGAUUCUGGGCCCCUUGUCCAUCACGAACAAGACGUUGAUUUAUAUAUUGGGACUACAGCUUUUCACCUCUGGUUCCUACAUCUGGAUUGUAGCCAUAAGUGGACUUAUUUCCGGUCUGUGCUACGACAGCAAAAUAUUCCAGGUGCAUCAGGUGCUCUGCAUCCCCAGCUGGAUGGCAAAAUUCUUUUCUUGGACACUUGAACCCAUCUUCUCUUCUUCAGAACCUACCAGCGAAGCCAGAAUUGGGAUGGGAGCCACGCUGGACAUCCAGAGACAGCAGAGGAUGGAGCUGCUGGAUCGGCAGCUGAUGUUCUCUCAGUUUGCACAAGGGAGGCGACAGAGACAGCAGCAGGGAGGAAUGAUCAAUUGGAAUCGUCUUUUCCCUCCUUUACGUCAGCGACAAAAUGUAAACUAUCAGGGUGGUCAGCAGUCUGAGCCAGCAGUGCCCGCUCCUCUAGAAGUUUCCGAGGAACAGGUCGCCCGGCUCAUGGAAAUGGGAUUUUCCAGAGGUGAUGCUUUGGAAGCCCUCAGAGCUUCAAACAAUGACCUCAACGUUGCCACCAACUUCCUGCUGCAGCACUGAUAGUCCCAGGCCAGCACUGGGACCGGACUGGCCACUGACUGACAGUGCAUGGUCCCACCAUCAGAUCAGCCUGGGAACCGAGCACCUCUGGUGCUGAUGUUCCUGUGGGCAGAGGGAGGUUCCACCACACCCCCACCCUCAACCCCAAGACUGUUGCCAUUAUAGCAUCGAAAUAAGUUUGCCAUUACAUUAGCAUGUAUUUUCUAUCUAUAUUUUUUUAUUGGGCAUUUUCCCUAGGUUGGAGAGUCAUUACUUGUUUUGAAUGUGUUUAAAAUACAUUAAAAUGGAAGAUUUCUGCAGGCAGUUGAAUGGUACUCCAGAUGGGGAAUUGCUGUGACCCUCUUACUGUGUAACACGUCAUUUCCUGCGUCGUGAUGGGGGAGAGUAAUGUUAUUUAACAAAGGACUUGUCAGAUCUUUCUUCAUGGACUUUUUUAGUUACUGGUUUUUUUUCUCUCAAACUUGUUUUCAAAUCUCCUGGGGGAUGAGGGAGAAACGGAGAGUUGAGUUUUCCUCCAUGCUCUUCCAGGCCAGUACCUUCUCCUGCAUCUGGUAACAAAGAAUGGUGAUAACCAUGUGCUGGUUCAAGGUGCUGGAGUUCUCCGUGAAACUUGGGUUAAUUUUGCUCAGAAUAUCCAGAGUUGGCCACUAGGAAUGGGAUGGAGAGGAAGAACAGCAGGCUUUCUGAAGCUGCAUGGGCUGACUAGGGAACUUUGUGGCUGACACAGGCUCAGCCCGGGAAGAGGAAAAAUGAUCCUUAGCCUGCCCCACAGUCCCUGUGGCAGGCUAACUGUCUGGCCCUCCCAGCUCGCAGCCAGCCAGCCCCUCUGGCAGCAGGUUCCCCCCAGGGCUUGGGUCUUGAACCUGCGGCAGCAGGAGGCAAGGCACGCUGCGGAGGACGGGGCUGAGGUCAGGGAGAGGAAAGGCAGGGGUGGACCACCAUGAGCAUGAAAAGACCGGAAGCAAGUUGACUCUUGCAAUGUGCAACUGUUAUGUUCUGCAAAAUGAGCAGUGAUGUAUCAAAUUGAUGCAAAUUUAGAUGUUGAUACUUAUAAUAAAGUUUUUAAUGUGUUUUA